CAGAACUGAGUUGUAUGAGGAUCCCCCAUCAGCAUGCUGGCCCAUCAUCUAUUCUCCCGACUACAACAUCACCUUCAUGGGACUUGAGAAGCUGCAUCCGUUUGAUGCAGGGAAAUGGGGAAAAGUUAUCAAUUUCCUGAAAGAAGAACAACUAAUUGCAGAUGACUUGAUUGUACAGGCACGGGAAGCCACUGAUGAAGAUCUCUUGGUUGUUCACACAAGGCGCUACCUUAAUAAAUUAAAGUGGUCAUUUGUCGUGGCUACAAUCACAGAAAUCCCACCAGUUGCCUUCCUGCCCAAUUUUGUGGUUCAGAGAAAAGUUUUGAAGCCUCUACGAACCCAGACAGGAGGAACAAUAAUGGCAGGAAAACUGGCUGUUGAUAGAGGCUGGGCAAUCAAUGUGGGGGGUGGUUUUCAUCACUGUUCAAGUGACAAAGGUGGAGGAUUUUGUGCAUAUGCUGAUAUCACACUGGCCAUAAAGUUCCUAUUUGAAAGAGUACAAGGGGUGUCCAAAGCCACAAUUAUUGAUCUGGAUGCUCACCAGGGAAAUGGCCAUGAGAGGGACUUUAUGGAUGAUCAUCGGGUCUAUAUUAUGGAUGCCUACAAUAGAUAUAUUUAUCCGGGGGAUGGAUUUGCUAAACGUGCCAUAAAACGCAAGGUGGAAUUAGAGUGGGGUACAGAGGACACAGAAUACCUGCAGAAGGUGCAUACUCACGUGGAAGGAGCAUUAAAUGAAUUAAAACCUGACAUCAUUGUUUAUAACGCUGGGACCGAUAUCCUGGAUGGUGAUCCAUUGGGAGGACUUGCUAUUUCACCCCAGGGAAUUGUGAAGAGGGAUGAAGUCGUGUUCAAGGCUGCCAGAAGGCGCAGAAUCCCAAUCCUGAUGGUGACAUCUGGGGGUUACCAGAAGAGGACAGCACGGAUCAUUGCUGAUUCCAUCCUCAAUCUGCACAACCUGGGGCUUAUUGACAAGGAGCUAGCAACCAGUGGAGCUGGAAACCCUAAGGUAGAACAGAUGAUCAGAGACUCUGUUAAAGACUUAACCAACUUGUCACUGCAAUGACAAGUUACUAAAUUUUAGGACACAACUUUCAGUUUUAGGAGCAGGGAUUCUCUGUAUCAUUAUCAGGGUUAAUAAAAAAAAAGAAAAAAGUCUAAACUUGCCUGU